AUGACAUCUUCAAAUAUUGAUUGGAAGUCAAUAGUUGGAAUGGAAUUUAACAAUAAAGACGACGAAGCUUAUCAAUUUUGGCUUGCUUAUAGUGCACAUGUUGGCUUCGAAGUUAGAAAGCGUUGUGCAAACAAAAAUAAAGAUGGUAUUAUAUCAUCAUGUAGGUUUGUUUGUUCUAAGGAAGGAUUAAAAAGGAAAAAGAAAACAAAUGUCUUUAUUAGCAAUCAGAGAAUCGACACUAGAAUAGAUUGCAAAACAAUAAUUUCACUUGGAUGUCAUAAUGAAAAGUUUGUCAUUAAUGAAUUUGUAGAGGACCACAAUCAUGCUUUACAACAUCCAGAGACAACACACAUGCUUGCAUCACAUGGAAAAAUAACUGAAGUGCAAGUUUAUGAGAUUGAUUUGGCUGAUGAUUCGGGAUUGAGGCAAAAGUCAACGUUUCAACUUAUGAGUCACGUGCAAGGCAUAUAG